CUUAAACCCUUCAAUUGGCUGCUACAAGCUCUCUUUGAGAUAAUACUAAAACCCUAAUUUUUCUUCCUUCCCGCAAAUUCUACUCUCUUAAUUCGUAAGCGUCUCUUGCUCUGGCUCUGCACUCGUGAUUGCCAAAAUGGGAAGACCUAAGACUAGGGGAAUGAAGAAGCAGAUGCGGCUGAACGAAGUCGAGGAAAUCAGUCUUCUGAACAAGUGGAUCGAAUCUCAGAAACCGGAUUCAGGAUCCAAUCCACUCUCUCUCGGUCCUCUCCCCAAGGACGCCAAGAUCGGAAAGUUCGAAGACGGAAAAAACGGCACCGUUUUCUCUCGUUACGCCGGCGUAAGGAAGUUCGAUCAAUUACCCAUAUCGGAUAAAACGAAAAGGGGUCUGAAAUUGGCGAAAUACGUAGACAUGACCGAUGUUCAGAGAGCGGCUUUGCCUCACGCUUUAUGUGGAAGAGAUAUUCUCGGUGCGGCGAGAACUGGGUCAGGCAAAACUCUGGCUUUUGUUAUUCCGAUCCUUGAGAAGCUGCACAGGGAAAGAUGGAGUCCUGAAGAUGGAGUGGGAUGUAUAAUUAUAUCUCCAACAAGAGAAUUGGCAGCUCAAACUUUCAGUGUGUUGAAUAAAGUAGGAAAGUUUCACAAGUUCAGUGCUGGGCUCUUAAUUGGUGGUCGUGAAGGAGUUGACGUUGAGAAGGAGCGAGUCAAUGAAAUGAACAUUUUGGUGUGUGCUCCUGGUAGGCUUCUUCAGCACAUGGACGAAACCCCAAACUUCGAGUGUUCACAGCUCCAGAUUCUGAUUUUAGAUGAGGCCGACCGUGUUCUUGAUUCUGCAUUCAAAGGGCAGUUGGAUCCUAUUAUCUCACAGUUGCCUAAGCACAGGCAGACUUUGCUUUUCUCUGCGACCCAAACAAAGAAAGUCAAGGAUCUAGCUAGGCUCAGUUUGAGAGAUCCCGAGUACAUCAGUGUCCAUGAAGAGUCAGUUACAGCUACGCCAACUAGCUUAAUGCAGACUGUGAUGAUUGUCCCAGUUGAAAAGAAAUUAGACAUGUUAUGGAGCUUCAUCAAAACUCAUCUUAAUUCCAGGAUUCUUGUUUUUCUCUCCACCAAGAAACAGGUCAAAUUUGUUCAUGAAGCUUUCAACAAGCUCCGGCCUGGAAUACCUUUGAAGAGUCUUCAUGGAAAAAUGAGUCAGGAGAAAAGAAUGGGAGUGUACUCUCAGUUCAUUGAGAGACAAUCAGUUCUCUUCUGUACUGAUGUUCUUGCCAGAGGUCUUGAUUUUGAUAAGGCUGUGGACUGGGUUGUUCAGGUUGAUUGUCCUGAAGAUGUAGCUUCUUAUAUUCACCGAGUUGGCCGUACAGCUCGUUUCAAUACUUCAGGGAAGUCGCUCCUCUUUCUGACUCCCUCGGAGGAAAAAAUGAUUGAGAGAUUACAAGAAGCUAGAGUGCCUGUAAAACUCAUCAAGGCAAACAACGAAAAGUUGCAGGAGGUUUCUAGGCUCUUGGCGGCUUUGUUAGUCAAGUUUCCUGAUCUUCAAGCUGUUGCUCAGAGAGCGUUCAUCACAUAUCUGAGGUCCAUUCAUAAAAGAAAAGAUAAGGAGAUUUUUGACGUGACGAAGCUGUCGAUCGAUGACUUCUCUGCUUCUCUUGGUCUACCAUUGACUCCUAGAAUCCGUUUCACAAACCUGAAAACGAAGAAAAAAGGAGUCUUUGCGAGUUCAAUCGCUCUGGAACCGGAGGAGCAGGAUAAUGAAGCACCUGCGGUUGUAAAACAAGAUCUUCUUGGUGAAGAUUUAGAAGAAGAGGAUUUUGCUCUCAGGCCACAUGAAGAGGGCAAGGACGUAGAAAAAUCAACCAAGGACGAAAAAGUUUCAAUGCCAGGAACUCGGGUUUCCAAAAAGAAGACGCUAAAGAUCAAUCUGCACAGACCAAGUGGGACAAGGGUUAAGUUUGAUGAGGAAGGCAAUCCAGCAGCUCCCUUAGCAAUAGUAGCUGCCACAACAGGGACUGAAGUAGCCCUUGAUGAAGAGACAAGGAAGGAUUACUAUAAAAAAGUGGGAGAGCAACUGAGGAAAGUGGAUCAUGUAGACAAGAAAGUAGAGAGGGAAAAGAGGAGGGAAAAGAGAAUGAAAGAGAAGAUUAAGAGGAAGAAAGGAGCUAUGGAGGAGGAAGAAGAAGAAGAAGGCCAUGAAGACUCUGGAUCAUCAGAAGAAGAAACAGGAAGAAAACGCAAAAGAGCAAAGAAAGUCGACUUUGAUGGUAAUGGUGAUGGAGAUGAAGAAAGGGAAGGAGGAAAAAUCAACACAGAUUCUGUCUCUAUAGCUGAGCUUGAAGAAAUGGCUCUCAAAUUGAUAACGCAGUCAUGAAAUCUCAUAUAGAAAACGUUUUCCUCUCUAUUCGCCUUUUUGCUGAUUCCCCCAAUGAUGCAUUCAUUUUUUGAACAAGGUUGGAAGUUUCCAACAAGUUUUGUCUGUUUGCCUUUUGUCUAUCAAAUCCUGUUCAAACUAAAAACAAACAAUCAUUAUAUAAAGUUAAUUUAUAGUCAAA